AUGAGCAUGGCUUCGGAGUCUGUGGCUCUGCGGUCUAGAGACUCCCAUUGGGUGGUGCAGAGGCACUUACCGACUUUUCGCAUCCCAAAUGACCAGGAAAUGUCAGGCGGUGAUGGUAAACAGUGGCUGGUGGAUGUGAAUAUUCUCAUUUCCUACUAUUCAUAUAUCCUUACCGUCUCCUUUGACAGGUUUUGGGCAGAGGUUUUUAAACAGGUGGAAAAGAACGUUUUGGGGUGGCAGUUUGAUGACCAACAUCAAUUUACUUCGUCUAACAGUGACACCCUUGCUAUCGUUUCGAGAACUAUUGAUUACAUCAUUGAUGCCGGGAAGAGUUUGGGGGUUUUCUUGACCUUUCUUGGUCCAGUAAAUCCAUCCGUUGCAGAACUGUGUAUUAAGCAAGACGUAGUUUCAAGUUUGGCUAAUUUCUACUGCACAACUAUCGUUACCAUUCGAGAUCACAUUCUUCGCAGCAUCACGUGGUCUACUGAAAAGAAAACUGGGCUUCUGAGCAAGCUAGCGAUUGCAGCGGCUGCCAUUGUGAGAGUGGUGCGGGUUGGACUCGUAGAGCCGGGUCUUGUGCAUAGAAUAAUGCAAAUUUCCGUUGACGCUCCGGAUCCGGACUCCAAUCAGUCCCUCAUGGGAGCUAUCAAUACCCUCGUUGGAGUCAUGAUGGAUAUGCUAAAUUACCCUCAGUUUGCUACGGCGUAUGUGAGGCUGUAUGCCGUGGAAGAUGAUAUCGUUCUUAUUCAAGAAAACUCAAAUUUCGUAAAUCUGGAUAGGGAUCAAGUGGACUACCUCCGAAAUGCCUUCUCACGCCUGACGAAAGAGUCAUCAGCCCAAAGUGUUAGCAGUGAUGGCGCAGAGGGGGUGGUGCCACCCCCUGUGGAAGAGAUGUUGCGAGGCACGACGGAUGAGGAACCUCAACCAGGCAGUUCUCGCCCCCCGGAUUUUCUUACGGUCAAAGCUUUCCUUCCUACCGUCAAUGAUGAUCUCAUCGAACGGUGUCUGGAACACUGUAACAACGACCCUCAGUCUGCAAUAACCGCUCUCCUAGACGGAUGGGUACCAUCGGAAGUCAACGGUCCAGAUUCUGUCAACAGACCGAUGACGCGGCAUGAGCCGGGUCAAAUAUGGCAGGGGAAGCGCCGAAACGACGCCACAAUACAGCCCCUCUCAAAGGAAGAUAAAGAGCGCACCAGCCAGUUAGCAGUCAGCGUUUGGGAUGACAAUGAUAGUGCCGUCGAGAAUGGAAGUGAAUCUGAAGAUGGGGAGAGGGAUGCUGCUGGGCCUUUAAAAAAAUGUCAGACGGACCUCACCUACGACGACGAAUAUGAUGACACAUAUGACGUAGAGGUAGGGACCAAACUGGAGCCGUUAGACGAGGAAGAGGCUGAGGAUGCAGAACUUGGAGGUGUGUCGAAUCAAUUAAGGGAGUUGUCAUGCCAUGCAUCCCCUGCACACGCUGAGCCACGGGUUGACCGAGGAAAACAUCGUUACCGUCAGGUAGAACUUCCUGAUCAGGAACCACGCAAAAAUGUCCUGCAAAUCGAAAAUCCCGAAGUGGUACGUUUGAGACGCCAACAGGCCGCAGCAAACAGGGUGCUUUAUGUUAAGGCGUUGGAUUGA